UUAAUUGCAAGUAUUUUAAUUUUCUUCUUAAAGAGAUAUUUUUUGCUUGUCCUUCAUUUUAGUACGAAAACAAAGCCAAUUUAAUUUAAGGAGUAAACCAUCUACAAACAUAUUAUUUGUAUUGAUUUUCUCAGUAUUACCUGAAAGAAUGUUCUGUAUUAGAGUUUUAGUUUCAACCCCACCUGAGACAAGAUGAUGGCCUAUGCACACAACUCAGCCUCAUUUUACACGGAAAUUUAGAUUUAUCUCCCGUGGUUCCGAUAUCUCCAAAUUUUGGAUAUUUUGUUGAUCAUUUCCUGAUCUGAAUUGGGGAAAAUUCGAAUUUUUACACUGUUUGGUUGCAAUUUAAAAUUUGACGCAAAUAGAUAGCAAUAUUCGGAGUGUAUCGGCACAUUCUGAUUUUUCCUUUCUAUAAAACGCUGGUUCAAAAGUGUAAAAAAAAAAACAACUAAUAAUAAUUUUGUACUAUUAACUUGCAUUUUGUGUUUGGGAUUUAAUAUUAUAAAGCAAACACUGAUUUAUAAUUACACCCAUCGACAUCAUGAAUUCAGAGGAAACCUAUCCUAAGCUUGUUGCAGACACUGAUGAAGAUCAAGAGUCAGUCAACGCCCCCGAGGACAACGAAAGCUCUGCUUUCUCGGAAAAGAAUGUUCGAUUAGGUUUCAUAAGAAAGGUAUAUGGUACCCUUCUUUGUCAAUUCCUGGUGACAAUUUUGGUAAUGGUGAUGUUUUUGUACAUAAAAUCAUUGAAACGCUACUCAAGGCACAACGAAUGGAUAUGGAUAACAGCGUUAGUAGUAUGGAUUUUGACAGUUAUUUUAUUUGCUUUCUACGAAGAUACUCGUCGACAUUUUCCACAUAACAUGAUAUUUCUUGGAAUAUUUACCCUCUGUUUGUCUGUCUUGCUUGGAGCUGUUGCUAGUCAUUACGAUGAAGAGGCUGUUUUGCUGGCUGUGGGAAUUACUGCUGGUGUAUGCUUUGGACUUGUCAUCUUCUCCUUUCAAACUAAAUAUGACUUUACCAUGUCCGCCGGAUUUCUCUUUGUGUCCCUCAAUGUCCUCAUCGAGUUUGGAUUUUUUGCGAUCGUUUUAAAUAAGGAGGUUUUGUCUGUAUUCCUCGCUAGCCUUGGAGCUCUGUUAUUUUCAAUUUAUUUUGUUAUUGACAUCCAGUUUAUGCUUGGAGGAAAACACAAAUACAGCCUGUCCCCAGAGGAUUACAUAUUUGCUUCCCUUAAUCUGUACCUGGAUGGCGUCAUCUUGUUCUUUCAUAUCCUGUCUAUUGUUAGAGAAGCCAAAAAAUAGUUCAUUGUCAAAAGGGUUCACAAUGCAAGGAGGUCAAAGUUAUCGAGAUAAAUUGAAUGUCAAAAAUCAUGUUUAUUCCCGACCUAAAUAUUAGAGU